AGUGCGUCUGCGUAUGUGUGGAUAAAUAGCGGAGCUGAGACUGCGCCAUGAGGCUGAGGCUUAACGAUCGAUACAACGAAAACCUGGGACCGGUCUUCCUCUGAGCCACACUGAAGCACGGUUAUCUUACUCCCUAACAUCAUAACAGUUUAACGUUUACUCUCUGCUGCGGCUGUGAAGGACAAUGAACGGGCAGAUGAACGGUUUCCAUAACUCCCUCAUUGACGAGGACUGCUUCUUGUUCACCUCAGAGUCUGUGGGAGAAGGACACCCCGGUAAGACCCGAGAUUGCAUCAUUUAUCGGCCUGUUUUCACGAAAGGGGUUCAAACCACCUUAGACUUACAGUACAGGAAGUGUUGGUCGUGUUUUAGAUUUUCUUUUAUUCAUAAAAACCUGGUAGAUUUGAUGUAAAAGCUGAAUCGGCUCGGCCUCCCCCCGCUGCUGCUGCUGCUUGAAUGUGGCCGGGCCGGUUUACUCCGCACGCGCCGCUAGCUAACGUUAGCUGAUCAGGAAUAUAAGAAUAAUUAGGUGGGACUUUUUUUACAUAUAGUUUUGUUUAUAUCCUUAAUAACAACCCCUGCGAGAAACAUUAACGCCCUCCUUUUACUAUCUGAUAACGUUAACCAUUAAACUUGCCAAUUCACGGUUUCAUCGUCGGGCCACACAAAGCGUGACACGAUAUUUUUAUCCAAAUAUUAUCAGUUAGGAUUUUUGACAUCGCCUUUUAACGGGUAUGUGAUUGUCAUGAGCAGGUUUAUCGUCUUUUAUUAGAUUUUUUACUGUUUUUAGGGGUUUAUCCCUCGCCUUCCGGUCGCCGGUUAGUUGCGCGCGCUCCUCUCCUCACUACAUGUGCACAUGCUGCUGAAAUGGCGACCGUUGAGGGGCUCGUGGCCACUCCCACUUAAGCACGAGUCAGGCAGGAGCGGUACAGUUUACAGUGCAGCAGAUCUCGUGCCGGUGUUAUGUCGUAGAAUGUAUCCUCUGCAUUUCAUCCUCUCAUUCGCUUCUUAAAGUGGAAGAAAAUUAUCACAUAUUUAAAUUAAAAACACGAGUAUUGGAUAUGAUAUUGGACAUGAAAAUAUGUCAAACAGAGCAGCAAACUUUAGUUCUGUUUUAUGUGUCUUAAAAAUACACAUGUAGAGUUGUACUCGGGUAUAUAAACUGUACAGUAAGCUUUCAAGGUAGAAAACAUAUUUUCAGGACAGCAAAUAUUCCGAAUCAGAGGGCUAUUGUUUUCGGUUUAUCUGAAUAGCCUGACUGAAAUUAUUAAAGUCGCACGCUUUUGAAUCCACCCGAUGUUAAAGAAAACUUGGAUUACUUCACUCUGUGUACUGUCAACCUACUCUGGUCAGGGGUGCAUUCUACCACACAACACCGGUGUUUUGCUUGACCUGGAUGUUUAUUUGUUUUUUUCUUUUGCCCUUAUUUUUUUCAGACAAGAUUUGCGAUCAGAUCAGUGAUGCAGUUCUGGAUGCCCAUCUCAAGCAGGACCCUGAUGCCAAAGUUGCAUGUGGUAAGAAAUUAUAUUUAUGUGGGAUUUAAUUAGAGAUGCACGAAUCCAUUUUUAUCCAAUCCAAUAUCGAUACUUUGGCUGAGCGUAUCGGUCAAUAUCUGAUACCGAUCCUAAACUACUGUUGAAUGAAUGAACUGUAUACCGUAUUUUUCGCACUAUAAGGUGCACUUAAAAUCCUUUUGGCUUGUCGGAGCUCUGCAGCUACCAUUGCCUUGCCUAGUUAUUGAAUGAGUUAAAUAAAGUUUGACCUAUCUGACUGUUUUGUUUGGCUAAAUGCGCUUUAUAAUCCGGUGCGCCUUAUGUGUGAAAAUAGAUGCGUUCUUUGAUGGUGCGCCUUAUAGUGCGAAAAAUACAGUACCUUGCCUGGGGAGUGAAGGCAUCAGGCUUGACAUUAGCCUUGUUACAAAUUGCACAUUAGCACACAGCCAAAAGAAGUAAGACUUCCAUGUAAACAUUGAGUGCAAAGGAUAGACAGACAUAGAAUAUAGAGCGACCAGAAUUGCUGUGUUGCUGUGCAUGAUAUUAAUUGAAAAAAAAAAAAGACUGGUUCGGAACGCUAGAUCAGCGUCAAUAUCAGAGCCGAUAUCCAAUCCAAAUAUCAGAUCGGUGCAUCCCUAGAUUUAAUCCAAAUCUAGUAUUGUCAGUUGACUUUUGAGAAAAAUGCAUUUCCCUUAAAUCAAUCUCUCCUUGUGAAGAGACUGUUGCCAAAACUGGAAUGAUUCUUCUGGCUGGAGAAGUGACCUCACGUGCCACAGUGGACUAUCAGAAAGUUGUCCGUGAAACCAUUCGUCAGAUUGGAUACGAUGACUCUUGCAAAGGUAGGUGUGGCUUUAUUUUUUCUGUGUGCUAUUUUUUCUUUUGGGUUUGUCGGGUCGUUGUUUUGAUAUCUUGUUUGUUUUUUCUCUUGCACAGGCUUUGACUAUAAGACCUGUAACGUUCUCGUCGCCUUGGAGCAGCAAUCCCCUGACAUUGCUCAAGGUGUUCACAUUGACCGCAAUGAGGAAGACAUCGGAGCAGGGGACCAGGUGAGAUGAUGUUUUUGUUUGCUUUGUGCGAUUUGCAACAUCUUUUUUAAAUGAAAUUUGAGCUUUUUUGAGUCCUAAACAUCCUGUACCCUGCAGGGCUUGAUGUUUGGAUAUGCCACUGAUGAGACCGAAGAGUGCAUGCCUCUGACAAUUGUCCUCGCCCACAAACUGAACGCUAAGAUGGCUGAGUUGCGUCGUAACGGCACCCUGCCAUGGCUCCGACCCGACUCUAAGACACAGGUAGAGCUGUCACACUUGCUGUUAUCAAUUGCUUCAUAUUAUUACGGUUGCUGGAGGGUCAUUUAUAUUGUUAUUCUUAUCACAGGUUACCGUCCAGUACCGCCAGGACCGUGGUGCCAUGCUCCCCGUGCGUGUGCACACAAUUGUCGUCUCUGUGCAGCAUGAUGAAGACAUCUGCCUGGAGGAAAUGAGAGAUGCCCUGAAGGAGAAGGUCAUAAAAGCUGUGGUCCCCUGCAUCUAUUUGGAUGAUGACACCAUCUACCACCUGCAGCCAAGCGGGCGCUUUGUUAUCGGAGGCCCACAGGUAAAUCUUUGCAAAUGUGUCUCUUAGAAGCUUUUGUUUCAUGUGAGUCAUUAUCUGAGUAACCUGUUCUUUUAUAUUGUUUAUCGUAGGGUGAUGCUGGUCUGACUGGGCGUAAAAUCAUUGUGGACACUUAUGGCGGCUGGGGAGCCCACGGCGGAGGCGCCUUCUCAGGCAAAGAUUACACAAAGGUGGAUCGCUCUGCUGCUUAUGCUGCUCGCUGGGUGGCCAAGUCUCUGGUGAAGGCUGAGCUGUGCAGGAGAGUGCUGGUCCAGGUGAGCGGUAGUGACAGGAAGGCUUGAAAACGCCCAUGGGCUUAUACAUGUAUUUAAAAAAAAAAAGGUUAAAUAUUCUUGUGUUAUAAUGUUUUGUAUGAUCUAGGUUUCCUAUGCUAUCGGAGUCGCCCAUCCUCUCUCCAUUUCAAUCUUCCACUACGGCACCUCCAACAAGAGCGAGAGAGAGCUGCUUGAUAUUGUGAAGAGGAAUUUUGAUCUGCGUCCUGGAGUCAUUGUCAGGUAACGUUUAACAUCUGAAGCCACCUGCUACUUAAACACAUUCAGUAGCUCCUGGCUCCUCCCCUUUGUUCUUGUGCCUUAAUUUUGUGUCCUGUCGUUGCACUACUCAGGAUCUAAAUUUAGUUUAACUUUUUUGUGUGAGACUAGGGCAAACUAUUUUUCUACUGACAUUUUUUGCUGUAAUAAAUGGGAGUUUACUGACUCUUAUUUCUAUUUAAUAACAUGGUAGAGUGUUGAUAAUGGCUAUUAUUCAAUCAAGAGUUACAUUUAUUAUAGUAGACACUUACCACACGCGGCGUUAGAUACUUCUCCUUUAAAAUGGAUGAGUGUGGUUUCCAUCUGCAAGCUUCAGCCGACAAACCUCUCAGGGAUGAGUUUGGUUGGUAAGUGUUUGUAUCACACAAGAUUUCCUUUUUACUGGCUGGUCUACAACCAUCUUGGAUCCUUUUUUUUUUUCUUUUUUUAUUUAUUUACUUUUUUGGCUUUUGACACCCCCUGCUGGCAAAUAUGAGCAUUGUGAGUGUGUGAGUAUGAGUGUUUGUAUUUGAGGUUGCAGGAUGUGACUGCUGCUAAAUAUGUUGAUUAUGUAUUCCAGGGAGCUGGAUCUGAGGAAGCCCUUGUAUCAGAGGACCGCGGCCUACGGCCACUUUGGCCGGGAAGCCUUCCCAUGGGAGGUGCCCAAAAAACUAAAGUACUAAACCUGUUAAGCUUUUCCCCCUAGGCUUGUUGGUGUAUACUACAGAGAAGCCUCCAAGGUUCCAGGGGUGAAAUGCACUAAUCUCUCAUAAUGGCAUCAUUUUAACACAUGACUCCCCUCUCCACUCCAAAUCCCUCCUUUUGUCUUGUUACUGUUUUCUGCUGGGUACAGUGGGUCUUAGAAGACGCGCCUCAGAUACUUGAUGUUGAAAGAAUCGGGUGGGUUCUCAUCCACCGCAGUGCUUCAUGUCACCCCCUGUCUUGAGGUGCCCCCUCUCUCGUUGUGGUAGACCCCAAAUAGCUGCGUUUAGUUGUUCUCCUUUCAGCAUUCCACACCCGUCAAUAUUGUCAGUCUUAUAUCCACAUGAUGGUAGCCUGUUAGCGAUAUCCCUGUUGAUUUAUUGGUGCUAUUGAUGUCAGAAGUCUGCGCAACAUCUCGAACUUUACACACCCAUUAGAAGCAUAAUUUGAUGGCUGAAGGGUUCCCUCUCCUUACCCCUGACACCCUCCUUUUUUAAAGAUUUGCUUCCUUUCAAACAUUCCUCCUCCUCCUCCCCUUUUGUCCGUCUGGUAUACUUACUCACUGACCCAGUGUUUUUCUUCUUUUUUUGUUGUUGGCUUUAUUCCCUCAUCUUUUGUGGAGGAUGCUAGAAUGGCACAAUUAAAAUUCAAGGGUUGUUGCUGUUUUCACAAAAAAAAAAAAUGCUAUGCAUUGCAGGCUGAAGGGUGAGCCAAAUCCUAAUCCAAGCUCUCAAUGAGCGUUAAGCCUCAGAUGCCUCUACAGACCUUUGCUGUUUUCUGACGUAAUACAGAAAAGUCAGAAGCUGCUAUGUCACUGCUCUGGUCUGCAGAGGUAUUGAUAAUACUUGAUAGUGAUGAAAAUUUGGAUUGUUUAUUGCAUUGAAAUUCUAUUUUAAAUGAGUCCUUUUUUUAAAUGUAGUUACACUCGCUUUUUUAUGGUUUGAAGUGACUGAAGGCCCUUUCGCUCCUUAAGAAUAUUGAUGGCAGGUGUAGCUACAGAGAAACCUGAGAACCAUCUUUGGCCUUAACGGAGUGCGUUCUUUGCCACAGCGUCUUAUUGGCUCGGACUCAAACCUCAACACUAUUUAUUUGUUCUCUGAAACGGGGCGUGGAUACAGAGAAGCCUCGGUUUCAGAAGGCAGCUUUAAACACAUGGUUAUUGAAUCUUGAAUUCCUUUUUGACUUGAUCAUUUUUCAGUGUUUGGCUGGAGGCUCCAGAGUGUUGUACAGAAAAGCUUUGGUCCGCCUUGGCUGGCUACUGUCGAUGACUAUUUUACAACCUUUUUUAUUUUGGGACUGUAGAUCUUGUUAUGAGGUGGGUUAGUCUUGAAAUCCCAUUAAAAUGUCUGGUGCAAUUCUUUGGCUCUUACCUAUCCUCAUUAAUGGGACGGCAACAUUUGGUUGGUGUAGUACAGAGAAACCAGCCUUGUUUACAUAGCCGUCCCAUGGGUUGGAUAGUGUGUCGAGUUUUUUGGUUUUGUUCCCUUUUGCCACUCAGAGGUCAUCCCAUUGGUACAGUAAGUGUAAGAGUGCCUUUUCUAUUUCCUCUACUCCCCAUUUUGCUUUUCUCUCUCUCCUGCCAACAUGCAUCUGACUACAGAAGGAACGAGUAGCUCAUACUGUAAUGUUUCAUGUCUGGACUGGGUAGUUUCUUUAUGUUCUGUAAUAAACAACUACUCCUUUCAAA